CAAUGCCCGUUCCCUUCGAAGCACUGAUUCCCUAUGGAAUUGUUCUUGCCGUGAGCCUCCGAACGCACUUGACACAGCGGCAUGUCUGGUUUACUGAAAUUAUAUAGAUGUUUGGCGCGACGGGCGCAGGAUUGUCGAAACUGAGGCACUGGCAGAACGGCCACAAGAGACCGCGCAGGUCCCUCGAUCAAUGGGAUAGACAAAUGAUGGACCGAGAUCGACGUUUGACGGGAUUAUUACGAGGACAAAGCGACGCUGCAUUAGCACCAGCCGGCUUCGAACUCAAUAACCCAUGGAGAGUUGAAAAAAGGAUGUCAUAGGCGACAAAACCAACGAACACAGGCAUACUGUAAAAAAUAUGACAUAUACAAAUAAAUACCUUGAACACGUCAUGAACGACAAGUGAUUC